AUGGAUGACCAAGAUAAGGGCAAAAUUGCCCUCAGGAUUGCCUGUAUAACUGAGACCAAGCUGGCUAGCGUUGUGACAGUUCUGAUAGAGAAACUGCAACAGGAUGAGCAAAACAGAGCAGACAUCUACUGUGUCCUGGAGAAAGUGUUACAGCAGGACACCGGGGGCCUAGAGAGAAGGCUACUGAAGAAAAUAAUAACCCUGGCCUCCAACCAUAUGAGAGAGACUGAGGAAGCAACAAAUGAACUAAAAGUGGCAGCUAGCAACACCUUAGUGACCCUGGCACGCUGCUAUUUCUAUGAGGUGAUGUACGAGCUGCAGUGUCAUCUGAAAUCACAGGAGCUGCCUGAAGAGUUUAUUUUCAUUACGUUGGGCAACCUGUCAUCAGCCUAUGGUAUGCUCAAGCAGGCCAUCAUCAAAGCCCUUGGUCCCAUGAUGAGCCUCCUGCUACACAAAAAGGAGCAUCAAAAUCGGAUAUUUGAACUGAUCUCAUGGCUCCUUGAGCAAUAUAAGGAGGACAUUGAUGUUUUUCACGUCAUCAAGAGUCUGAGCCAGCUCUUGAAGGUCUCUUUUGAAUAUAAGAUCCCUCUACCUAAAGGGAAGUUUCAAGCCAUCUGCAGUGCUCUGCACAACCAGAUCUGUUCUCAAGCUAAGCCGCUCAGCACGGAAAAUCACGCAGAGCUGUUCGAUUGUGUAGUUCUGCUAGCCCGUUCUUCUCCUGAUGAUCUGAUAGCAUUUCUGCACUCGCAGCUGGAGAUUGAGAAUGAGGAUGUUCGUGUGGCCUCUUUGAAUCUGCUCAGUGCUAUUGUUGGUGCCGACUUGCCCGAGACAAGAGUUAAAAAGUUUCGGAUGGUGAAGGCAGUGAAAUCCACUCUCAGUGAUCAGAAUGCUAAGGUGAGGAAGGCAGUUCUUCAUUUCAUCAGGAGGCUGCUCAGUUCAGGAAGCGUGGAGAAUUGUGCAGCAUGGGAUAUGGUAGCAUAUGUUUUCCACGAGUUCACUGUGUCCACCAGCAAACUGGCUAUUGAGGAAGAAAGCACUAUCCAAACCCUGUGCAUUGACAUCCUGCAAGGUCUGGACACCUCAGCCAGUGGAAUGACCCAAGUAGUUGCCUCAUCCCCUUAUGAAAGAGAAGGAUGUGGAUAUGCUGCCUUGCAAUUACUUAAGGCCCUGCACGAAACUAUCCAUGCAGCAGUGGGUGCGAUGUGGGUACUAAAUAUCCCACCUCUGCUGCAGUACAUUGAAGGAAACACCGAGAAUUCCCUGGACCAUGAACGGUGGGAGCACAUGCUGCUUCAGUUCCUAAGAACAUCUCUGGAGAUGAUAGGCGACAGUGCCUGGAGCAGCCAGAUAAGCCUUGAGUUGAGCCAGCAGAUGGCCGCCUAUGCCAGCCCCUCCAAAGAGAAGGGAGUCAUUUCCAUCUUCGCAUUCUCUGCUGAGAGCCACUUGGACCUCACCUUGAACGCACUUCAGGAGUUUGGGGCUGCAAUGAGCAAGGUUAAGAUUUCUGGGCUCAUGGACCGUCUGAAGGACUACCACCAUGGGAAAAGAGGCAAGACUCGCAGCACCCUGAUGCUGACAUACAGCAACGUGGCUGUCCAUGCUCCAAAAGAGCAGCUUCUCUCCCGAGUAGAGGCAGACAUCACAGGGAACAUCCUUCACCAUUACAGAGCCAGUUGUCGGGUGCUGGGCAUCACUGUUGCGAACAAGGACAUGUACCUAAAAUUAACCCUCAUCCAGAAUGUCACGGAGAUUAGCUGUGCCAUCUUGGAGACCAGAGACGCCCGGGAGUUCGAAUUCUCUUACAAACAGGAGCUCCUUGGCUACAUGCUGGACUUCAUUAAAAAGGAACCACUGGAUUCCCUGGCAUCUCCAGUUCGCUACAAGGCAAUUCUUGCCAUUGAACAUCUGAGCAAACUCAAACCAUCUUUGACCUUGGAGGGAAACCGUGAGCUCCUUGAUGAGUGUUGUAAAAGUUUAUUUCCCCUUCCUCCCUUGGAGAAGAUGAAAGAGGAAGGUGAGACAGCAAAGGAUACUCUGCAUAGACUGUCACUGUACAUGAGGUCCUUGGAAGCCCUUGGCAAGCUAAUGAAGACUUUGCUGGAGGAAGAACCAACCGCAGACUGGUUCCAGGAAAUGUUUGAAACUCAGGAAACUUUUAAUCAGUUUGGAUCUCUGAUUGGACUAAUAGCACCAUACAGCUGUGAUUCACUGGCCACGUCCCGUCAGUGGGUGAUUGACUGUAUCAGCUGCCUUCUCUGUAUACAAGACCAGUCCAGGAACCUGGGGUCAGCGGCAGAGGACCUGAAAUGUCUUCAUGAAGCACUAACAGUUCCAGACCCUGAGGCUCUGUUUCAGGCAUCUUCCAAAAUGGCCAGGGUUAUUAGUAAGUACUUUCCCUCAGAACAGGCCACAGACUUUAUUAAUGCCACAUUGGAUGGUAUGCUGUCUGCCAGCCCCACCUGUGCCACAGCAGCUGGACUGUGGAUGAAGAUCAUCCUGAAGGAGUGUGGAGAUGCCAUGCUGGACCAGGUGCCAGAUAUCGUGAAUAAAAUAUAUAGCUGCAUGCCUAAUAUCCAGGAGGGCAGCUUGAGGCAGUUCCUGGUGGAGGCAGUGUGCAGUCUCGCUCAACAUCACGUAGAGGCAGUGAUCUCCAGCCUCCUCACAAAACAUCUGCCGAUGGACAGUUACACCACUGAGCUGUGGCGAUUUCUGGGGGGAGACCCCUUGCUUGCCACUCAAGUCCUACAGGUCCUGAAAGACAAGAUAAAGACUCCAACAAGCCAAGAAGACAGCCUCACCUCAGAGACUGAAAUCGACAGGCAUUUUGCAGCUGCUGAACCUCUCUCAGCAACAUGUGCCAUCUUUGAGGUGGUGUCAGCACUGGAGUCGAGCAAAGCUGUGCAGGAGCUGCUCCCAGAGUUGUUUCCUAUUCUCCUGCAGCAGAUCAGCCGAACCCUAGGACAAGAGAUGCCUUUGCCCAGGAUAAGCAGCCGGAGGCAAUUCCGAAAAGGCCUACAACAUACUAAGGGCAACCCUUGCCGGCUUUCUGUCCAAGCAUUAGAGACUGUGCUUUUCAAAGCUGGGAAUGAGAGAGUGGUGAGAGCGCUCAGGAAGCAGAGAACAUGGAUUCUGCUUGAAAACCCCAAGACUCACCAUGAGGGAGUGUGUCUGCUGGUGAGUGUUCUGCUAAGAGCUGAACUAAUAACACCUGAGAUCUUACAGAGCCUCCUCCUCUGGGUGAAUUCCCCAACAGAAAACCUCCGAGUCACCAGCACAGCUUUCCUUGCCCAGCUAAUGAGGGAUCCCAUGCUCAGGGAGAAGAAGUUCCUUAAGUCUGUCUUGAGGAUCUUGGAAGCAAGGUCACACGAUAGGAACAGCAUUGUCCGCCAGAUGGCUGUGAGAGGCCUGGGAAAUGUAGUCUAUGGGGCACCUGAGAAGGUGAAAAAGUACAAGAAGUUUCUUCUGGACAUACUGAUCGGGGCCUUACGUGACAUUUUCAGUUCGGAAGUCAUUGGCGAGAGCAUGAAAGCACUGGCCAAAGUCCUGAAGGAGCUGAAAGAGAAGGACAUAGGUUCUUCCUUCAAAGACCUCACCCAACAGAUCCGGACUUACUUUGACGAUGAGGAUGAUGCUCUUCGCUCAAUGGCCUUUGUGCUAUUUGGCAUCCUGGCCCGGCUGACAAAGAAAAAAUGGAAAACCUAUUUCGCCGACCAGGUUAAAAAGAGCUGGGUCACACUUCUGCUGCACCUGCAAGACCCAAACCCUGAGAUUUCAAUGGCCAAAGAGAAUGCAGAGCUGCUGGAGAACUUAUACAAAAACACCACCAUGUACUUCCAUAGCAGCUGGGAAGAGAUCCGGGCAGCUGCAGCCAACUUAGCUGCUCUCCAAGUCCUACAGAAAGACCCAAGUCCCACUGUCCAGCUGGUGGCAACUGAGAUCAUAAGUGACAUCUGUUCUGGCCGAGUGAUUGGGGAAUGA